ACAGUCCAGUCUUAGUGCGAUGGCUUCGAAACUUAGACGUCCCCAACUCUUCACCUACACCGAUGGAAGGCGAUGUCUCGCAUCGUAUCCAAAGUACUCUGCUGCACCAUGCAAGAGUACGAAUGGGCCACAGGCGCAGCCUCCGCCAGCCCUGCCUCCGAAGGAUUACAACAUCACCAAGCAUCAGAAACUUUGCAGCAUGGAAGUGGGUGUGGCGUCGUCGUACAACGGCGUUAUGAGGAGUCAGAGCGAAGUCGGAGAGCGAAGCCCAGGCAAAGGACUCCACGUCAACUUCACCGAAAAGGGCGAAGUCAAGGAGAGACGUGAGAAGUUCCUGACGGCCAAGUACGGCUCUCAUCAAAUGUCUCUGAUCAGGAAGAGGCUCGCUGUCGAAAUGUGGCUCUACGACGAACUACAAAAACUCUACGAGUCGACGGAUCAGUCAUCUACAGAAGUUGAAGUAGACAUAGAUGAACUCCUUGAUAUGGACGACGACAAUCAAAGAAGAAGACACUUGCAGGAGCUUCUCUGUGAUGCCAAAAAAUCACCACAUGAUGUCAAGAAAUUCGUGAAUGAUCUUUUGGAGAGAACCAAGACACUUUAAAAGGAUAAGCAGCCGUGGAGGAGUCGGCGGUUAUGACUGUUCACUACACCGUCACGACCUCCUUUCCAUUUCCAGCUUACGUUUGAGACAAUACCAGCCGAGAAUCUCAGCUCUCAAGAUCACACAAUUGUUGUCCUAGAAUGGUCGCAUCAAAUUUGUUAUUGGAAAAAAAAAAGAAGUAAAACGUGUUCAGGUCCUGUUUGGAUUUCCUCCCAUUGAAUGUGAAUCUUGGUUUAUCAUGAAUGUCAAAGACUGACAACAGUAUUGUGAAAUUGCCAAAAGCUUUUUGCCACUAAUUUAAAGAAGAUGAUAGUUAUAUGUAUAAAAAAAAGAGGAGGUUCCGUUUUUAUUUUCUGUUUUAGUUUAUUAAUAAUUAGUUUUUAUUUAUUUAUUAAAUAUUUCAUGAUAUUAAUCACUUAAUUAAGGUUUACAUGUGGCCUAAAACAUUAGUAAUUCAGCAAUUUUAAUAUAUUUCCUUGUUUUCCCCUUUCCUUUUUAGUCAGUAACAUUUUCUUACUAUACUAAGAUUUCACAAAGAAGCAAAAAAUGGCAAUUAAUAAGAAGCGAUAAAUAAAUCCUUCCUGGUCAUGAUAUUCUAAUUGAAAUGGACUUUUAAACUGCUAAUUAAAACGAAAAAUAAAGUACAUUUUGAUUGUCUAUUAUUAAAAAAAAAAUUCUAGCGGGAUCAAAAUUGUUAAUUGUCUUUUUGCAUGUUUGAUAUGAAAUGAAUGUUCACAUCAUAGAUAAAUUUAUUUCAAAAAAUGUUUCAGUUAAGUAACAAAGCUUGCCAGUUCAACUAGUGGCAAGUUGCAUCAUAACGUUAUACUUUUGUUAGUCCUCGUAGUAUCAUUGUGUUACUGUAGGAGUUACCAACCAGUUUAAACUGCUAUUGCGUAAAAAUUUAUGUGUCGAUUAAUAAUUGUUUUAAGGCCGGAAAUGUUUUUUUUAAACACUUACGGCGCAAAUAGAAACAUUAAUUGUGAACAUUUUAGUCAGCCUAUUCUAAUAGAUAUAUCCUGUGUAUGCUUUUUCUAGAAAAGAUUAUAUCUUUACAGUUAAUCUCAAUAUUGUUCUGUGUAAUUAAAAUUUAAAUGAAAAAUUAAUGCUGAAACACAAUCAUCAGAUAGGGAAGUCUCUGUAGUUUAAAAGCGGGAUUUGUCUGUUGCUACUUUGAUCUCAGUUUUCAGACAUUCGUUUAUUCCAUCCUUUAAUGACUAACAUUAUCAUUAAGAGAAACUAAAUUUAGAAAAUUUGAUUCUUUGUCUCGAUUAAUUCUUGAACAGUAUCCUUGUUCGUGUUUCGCAUUUCUAUUUAAAUUCAUCGAAUGCUUGGUUAUACUGCUGUACAUAAAUUUUUAUAUUUUUUCUAUUUUAAGGAUAAUAUAUGGUUAUUGUUAUGCUAAAGCCUUAGUUAAAACUUAUAAAAUUAUAGUUGUUUAAAAUAAAAUUUAUAUGAGUGAUUAAUUAAAAAAAAAAAAGUUUGACUGUUAGACAAAAUUAUUAUUUCCUCCAUUUUUUUAUAAUAAUAAUAUUGUUAGGUAGUUCUUUCAUUAGAGUAUUAAAAUUAAGUGCACUGCAGUAAUGAUGUAAAAGCAAGUAAGCGAGUUGGGUGUCGAUUUAAAUCGGUGUUGAAAGCUCAGCUCGCACUUUUUUUUUCAAAUCGGCACUCACUUUUUGAUAAACGCAGAUUAUUGUAACACUUGUAAAGUAAUCAAAACAAAGUAGUGUUGGUUACUCGUUUUUAGAAAGCAUGAAUAAUUUUUAAAAAAAUGUAAUUGACGAUUGUAUGUAUGUGGUAUAAAAGAAAUAAAUGAAAACAAAUGGUUAA